UAACAAAGGUUCGGUUGAGCAUUUAUAUACAUUUUAUUACAAUAAUAACUGGUCGAAAAAACGGCCGCAGACGCAGAGCUACUUUCAUAAUAACUUUGUUAUUUUAGUUCACGGAUCUUAUCUAAUUAUUAUUUAAUGUUUACCUACUACAAUUAUUCUUGAGCUCUUAUCAUUUUGGCUAUUUUAUCACGAAUUUUCAAAAUACAAUUUUUUAUAAUAAUUGUUUUAGUUUGAAUUUUUUACUUUUAUUUUUUAAUUUCUUUUUUUGUUUUUACUUAUAUCCGGUUAAAUAUCUUACUUGUACAUUUUAUAUUUUAUGUAUAUAUAAAGGAAUAUACUGAAAAGUAUGUGCCAUUUAAUAAUUAUCUAUAUCAUUUAAAAACAUUCAGUGUAUAAUUAAAAGUUAAAAGUUGAAACUGAAAUUAUGGCAAUCAGCGAUUUUACAAUAGCGGUAGUUUGUUCAAGUAACAUGAAUCGAAGUAUGGAAGCACAUGCUUUUUUAAGUAAAAAGGGUUUUAAUGUUCGAUCGUUUGGAACUGGGGACAAGGUGAAGUUACCCGGAACAGCACCAGACAAGCCAAAUAUUUAUGAUUUUGGAUGUUCUUAUGAUGAAAUUUAUAGAGAUCUAUAUAAUAAAGAUAAAACAUUUUAUACGCAAAAUGGUUUGUUAAAUAUGUUGGAUAGAAAUCGGCGGAUAAAGCAACAUCCAGAAAGAUUUCAAUUAAGCAAUGAACAAUUUACUGUAGUCAUUACAUGUGAAGAGAGAGUAUAUGAUCAAGUACUUGAAUAUUUUGAAACUAUUCAAAGUUUUGGCAAUAAGCCAGUUCAUGUAAUCAACAUUAAUAUUCAAGAUAAUCAUGAAGAAGCAACGAUUGGAGCAUUUCUAAUUUGUGAAUUUGUGAAUUUGUUGUCCAGAAGUGAAGAUCUUGACAAUGAUAUUGAUCAACUAGUUGUUAAAUAUGAAGAAAAAUGUCAAAGACCACUACUCAAUUGUGUACUUUUCUAUUAAAUAUUAAGUGAUUAAAUAAAAAAUUGUGAAUAUUAUUAAUUCUUUAACUAAGUGAUGGCAUUAUUUGAAUUAAUAGUUUAUUAUGUCAUAUUGUACAAAUACAAUUUAUAUCAUAAAUUAUUAUUUAUAAUGUAUACUACUUUAUUUUAUUGAAAAAGCAAUAAAUAAGCUUAGUUUAUUAAUAUUAGUUUUGAACUAGAGUGAUGAAAAGAUGUAUUAGACUUAUAAAGAUGUGUGUUUUUAUA